AUCGAGGUUUUUAUUAGCCAGAAAGGUUGUUUUUGUCAUUUUAGGUUUGGAUAGCCUCCUCUCACAGCAGACCAUAUAACUGGUUCUGUCAAACUGGGUGUUCACUGUAAUAGGCUAUGGCUUCCACGCUAUCCAUCCCUUUUCAAACCAGCAAUUUUCGGUCUACUUUUUUGGGAGAGAAAAAUGGAUUCUCUGCUUCUACAAUGCCUGUAUCUCAUAUUGUUCGCUUGAGGAAGACUAUUGAAUGCAAGGAAUCACGAAUAGGGAAGCAACCAAUUCAAGUGCCAUCCAAUGUAACCAUCACAUUACAGGGUCAGGAUUUGAAAGUUAAGGGUCCUUUGGGAGAGCUUUCACUCCUUUAUCCACGAGAAGUGAAGAUUGAGAGGGAUGAUUCAGGGAUCUUAAGGGUUAAGAAGGCACUGGAGACUAGGAGAGCCAACCAAAUGCAUGGGCUUUUCAGGACCCUUACAGACAAUAUGGUGGUAGGAGUGUCCAAGGGGUUUGAAAAGAAACUUCAAUUGGUAGGUGUUGGUUAUCGAGCGAUGUUAGAAGGAAAAGACUUGGUAUUAAAUCUUGGGUUCUCUCAUCCUGUUAGAAUGGCCAUUCCUGACGGGCUUCAAGUAAAGGUGGAAGAAAACACCAGAAUUACCGUCAGUGGAUAUGAUAAAUGUGCCAUUGGUCAGUUUGCUGCCUCUAUUAGACAAUGGAGACCUCCAGAACCGUAUAAGGGUAAAGGAGUGAAAUAUGCUGAUGAAGUUGUCAGAAGAAAGGAGGGGAAAGCAGGGAAGAAGAAGUGAUGGUUCGUUAUUCAUUGUUGGUUUUUCUCUCUUUUUGAAAUAUGUACUAGUCUUUCUAGAAUCAGAAAGGAUUAUUGGCAUCAUAAUUUAUUAGAGUUCAUUUUUUUUCCUUCU